AUGGCUGGUUUCAGAGAUCGCUACGAUGUGGUGAUAUGUGGUGGAGGGCCAGUGGGCUUGUUGACGGCCUACGGGCUGCAGCGCAUGGGCAUCAAGACCUGUGUUGUCGAACGACUCGAAAAGCAUAAGCUGCCGAUGUACGGCCGCGCAUGUACACUAUUCCCCCGCACAUUGGAAAUGUUCGACCAGUAUGACCUUCUCACGCGCCUAAAUCAGGUGGGAUUCGUGGCGCGAAGUGGUGUCAACUACGACAAAGAUGGGAGACGAGACAGCACACGGGGCAUGCGCCAUGUUUUUGACGCCAUGCAGGGACAUACAUUUCUGGACUACAUGCUCAACAUCCGCUUGAAGUACUCAGAGGACAUUUUGAAGGCCGAGUACGAGAAACUUGGUGGAGUUGUUGCGAGUGGAUGGGAGUUGAGGAGCUUGACCGCACAGACUGAUCACGAGGGGGAUAAGAACGGCCACUCCUGUCCAGUAAAGGUUGAAGUCAAGAACGUGGAUACUUCAGAAGUCCGGACAAUUGCUGGAGACUACCUCGUCGGCGCUGACGGUGCCCACUCCGCUGUCCGUCACCUCGCCAGUAUCUCGUCGGCAACAGAUAGUACAACCCUCCGCUGGGUGCGCGUCGACGGUGUUGUGGAGACGGAUAUGCCAGACUCUCGCGAAGGCUUUGCGCAUCUCGAAUCACCCACACACGGCAACGUGUUUUGCGCAGCGCUGGACCACGGCCGUACCAGAGUGGGAUUCGCACUUUCGCAAGAUAUGAUGAUUAAAUACGGCGAAAACAUGACGCAGCAGCAAGCUGUCGACGAGGCUAAGCUGGCAGUCAAGCCAUUCUCCUGGGAAUACAAGUGCGUGGAUUGGUACACAGUAUACAACGUGCGACAUUCCCUCGCAGAUACUUUUGUCAAAGACAGGAUCCUCCUCGCCGGCGACGCCUGCCACAGCCACUCCUCAGGGACGGCGCAGGGCAUGAACACGGGCGUGCACGACGCCUUCAACCUCGCGUGGAAGCUGGCUGGGGUGCUAAAGGGCUGGUACCACGCCUCGAUCCUGGACACGUACGACAGCGAACGGCGACCUGUCGCGCAGCACUUGAUCCGUCUGGACAAGACCUUUUCCGCGCUGAUAUCCGGGACCGUCCCGCCCGAGUUGGCCGUCGCGGGUGGCCUCUCGUCAACGGAGCCGACUGCGCUAUUGGCCAGAGCUCUAGAAGACAACGUCCAGUUCAACAUCGGCCUGGGCAUCCGGUACGGGGCGAACAUGCUGAACGUGACCACAAAGUCGACCACGGUGCCCUGCGGCUGGCGGGCGCCCGAUGUCGCCGUCUACGGGCCCGGCGCCCGGAUCCCCACGAGGCUUCACACGCUGAUGAAGAACGUGGGCCUGUUCUCGCUCGUCGUCUUCGCGGGCGAACCACUCCUGACCGGGAAGAAGGUGAGGAAUCUCAGGACGUACCUCGACGGCGACAGCAUGCGCGGACAUCUCGACAAACUGAGCCUCGUGACCGUCGUCGCAGGGAACAAGCCGCAGGCCGACGAGGCCCUGGGCGUGGCCCGCUUCGGCGACGCGUACUACGACCCCGACUCGACCGCGCACGCCAGGUACGGCGUCAGCGUGGGCAGCGGCGCCGUGGUGGUCGUCCGCCCAGACGGCAUCAUCGGGUUCGCCACCACCCUUGAUGCGGACACGGAUUUGGGCACCUAUUUCGCAAGGGUUUUUGUCCAAGAUUGA